AGAUCACGAAGUUAAAUUAAAUAGAAAAUUAAUUUUCUGAUAUUAAUUUUUGUUUCUUACUUCUGUUAGGCUGUUAGCUUUUUUCAUUAGGGAAAAUUUAGUAAGGAAUCCAUCGGUAAUGUGUGGCCUUAUCUCAGUUACCUCUGUCUGGUCUGGAAGUUUUCAAAUUGAUUGUUAUAGCUUACCUUCGCUAAUCGAGAUUUGAUGAUUCCUGCCAAAAACGCUGAAAUGGUUGCUUCUCCGCCAUCAAAGAGACCGCUGAAGGAUUCACCUGUCUGGGAAGAGGCACCCCCAAAGAACUGGGAACGAACCCCGAUUAUCCAUCGUCCAGACGAUAAAAAGCCUCCAAAGUUGAAAAAGGAAGAACUGUUGGAUCCUUCAUUGCAUCGUUUAGCAGGAACUUCCUCUCAGGAACGGGGUGGUCUGGAGAUCCGUAAACCUGCGUCCACUCCGGAUCGUUCUGCACGAUCUGCUGGCAGUACUCCUUCGCAUUCUUCAGAUGGGGAGUUUCGAGUGCCCCAGCCAUCGUUACUGGGUCUGGACCGGCUAGCUGCCCAGAAACGGAAAACUGCCGAGGCCGAAGAGACCCGUAAAAUGAUUCAUGAUAGUUUGGAGAAGGGCAGUGCGGGUGGCGAAAAACGCUAUCGUAGUCAGCGCGUUGAGACUCCAUCGACAACUCCUGGCAUUUCGGAUGAAGUGCGGGAGAAGCUGGCAGAUCGGAGAAGGGAUAGAGAUCGGGGGUUUCAGGUGUCGACUUUUGACAAGAAGAACGAGGGACGCCAUGAUCAACGACGAGACUGGAAGCGUUAUGAGGAGUCGUCGAGGCGGUCCCGAUACGACACACAGUCCAGAAACGAAACCAGAACGCCACGAAUACACCCAAAAGAUACUCCAUCACGGGCGAAUUGGGAUGACGAUGAUCUGCCACGCUCCAGAGGGCCAUCCAGCACACCGUUUACUCCGUCGUAUCGAUACAAUGAAUGGGCUGACGAUCGGAAACGUCUGGGAAUCACCCCGAAACCCGGUGCGGAUAACGAGGCCAAUGAUGAUGGUGUUGUAGAAUUCGCAACAGAAGAGGAGCGACGUGCUUGGGAAGAAGAGCAGAAACAAUUGGAUCGCGACUGGUACGACAUGGAAGAAGGCUACGAUAAUGAACACGGCGCUUUCGCUCAUGUCUCUGAAGAAUAUACACGGAAGCGUGAAGAGCAAAUGGAAGAGAAGCGCCAGAAGAAACUCUCGGCCCAACAGCGACAAAUUAAUCGGGAUAACGAGUUGUGGGAGACCGGUCGACUCAUCCGUUCCGGUGUGGUACAGAAGCUAGAUCACAGCACGACGGUGGAAGAAGAUGCCGAAGCCCGGGUGCACUUGUUGGUGCACAAUAUCAUUCCACCGUUUUUGGAUGGGCGCAUUGUUUUUACUAAGACCACGGAGCCGGUCAUUCCUGUUAAGGAUCCCACUUCUGAUAUGGCAGUAGUGGCGCGAAAAGGCAGUGCGGUGGUUAGAUAUCAUCGGGAGCAGAAGGAACGUAAGAAAUUAGUACAGAAACAAUUGGAAUUAGCCGGAACGCGCUUGGGGAAUAUUAUGGGGAUCGAAAAAGCAGUCGACGAGAAGGAAGCCGACGAAAAAGAUUAUCGGACGGAACAUAAAUUCGCUGAUCACAUGCAAGAAAAAAACGAAGCCGUGAGCCACUUCGCCAAAACUAAAACGAUUUCUCAGCAGCGCCAGUAUUUGCCGAUCUUCGCCGUGCGUGAGGAACUGUUGAACAUCAUACGGGAGAAUAAUGUCGUAGUGAUUGUGGGAGAAACUGGUUCAGGAAAAACGACUCAGCUGACACAGUACUUGAUGGAAGCGGGUUACUCUAGUUACGGAAUGAUUGCCUGUACCCAACCUCGGCGAGUGGCUGCCAUGUCUGUAGCCAAGCGAGUUUCGGAAGAAAUGUGUUGCAAGCUUGGCGGAACGGUAGGUUAUGCCAUUCGGUUCGAGGACUGCACAAGCGAUGAUACGGUAAUCAAAUACAUGACCGAUGGUAUAUUGCUUCGUGAGAGCCUACGGGAGCCGGAUUUGGAUCAUUAUAGCGCGGUAGUGAUGGAUGAAGCCCACGAAAGAUCGCUUAAUACUGACGUAUUGUUUGGAUUAUUGCGGGAAGUGGUAGCACGGCGUCAAGAUCUGAAACUGAUUGUUACAUCAGCUACUAUGGAUGCUGAGAAAUUUGCACAAUUUUUUGGUGGAGUGCCUGUUUACAUAAUUCCAGGGCGUACAUUUCCAGUGGAGGUUAACUAUGCCAAAAACCCGGUGGAAGAUUACGUGGAUGCGGCGGUUAAGCAAUCUGUUCAACUGCAUCUACAGUCGCCAGCUGGAGAUAUUCUGGUCUUUCUUCCUGGGCAGGAAGACAUUGAAGUAGCGUGCGAACUGAUCAAAGAGAGACUAGAGCAGAUUGAUGAAGCACCGCCGCUGUCGGUGCUGCCGAUUUACUCACAGCUUCCUAGUGAUUUGCAAGCCAAAAUCUUUCAGAAAAGUGCCGAUGGUUCUCGCAAGUGCGUAGUGUCCACCAAUAUUGCGGAAACGUCCUUGACGGUUGAUGGCAUUAUGUAUGUGGUGGAUGCCGGUUACUGCAAGCUGAAGGUUUAUAAUCCAAGAAUUGGUAUGGAUGCCCUACAAAUUUAUCCCAUAUCGCAAGCCAACGCCAAUCAACGAUCUGGUCGUGCAGGUCGUACCGGUCCCGGGAAAUGUUCACGUUUAUACACCAGCAAGCAAUACAAAGACGAAAUGUUAAUUUCCACUGUGCCGGAAGUACAGCGGACCAAUUUAGCUAAUGUCUGCUUGCUCCUCAAAUCUCUUGGUGUACAAGAUCUCCUGGACUUCCAUUUUAUGGAUCCACCACCACAGGACAACAUGCUGAACUCCAUGUUCCAGCUCUGGAUUCUCGGAGCUUUGGAUAAUACCGGCAGUCUCACCCCGCUGGGCCGCGGCAUGGCGGAAUUUCCUCUCGACCCGGCGAUGUCAAAAAUGCUGAUUGUGGCACUGGAUAUGGGAUGUAACGCGGAAAUUCUGACCAUCGUUUCGAUGCUGUCGGUUCCUUCCAUCUUUUUCCGACCGCAGGGACGCGAAGAAGAGAGUGAUGCAAAACGCGAGAAGUUUCAGGUGCCUGAGAGUGACCAUUUGACAUUUCUCAAUGUGUAUAAUCAGUGGAAACAAAACGGUUAUUCAAGCGGCUGGUGCAAUGAUCACUACAUUCACGCCAAAGCGAUGAAAAAGGUUCGGGAAGUGCGUCAACAGCUGAAGGAGAUCAUGGAUCAGCAUAAGAUCGACCUGCGGUCUUGCGGAUCGGAUUGGGAUGUAGUUCGAAAGUGCAUUUGUUCGGCUUAUUUUCAUCAGGCAUGUCGAUUGAAGGGAUUGGGAGAGUAUGUCGGAUUACGAACAGGCAUGCCUUGCCAUUUGCAUCCGACGUCAGCUCUUUAUGGAAUGGGUUUCCAGCCUGAUUACGUAGUUUAUCACGAAUUGGUUAUGACAUCAAGGGAAUUUAUGCAGUGCGUCACCGCUGUAGACGGCCAGUGGUUGGCCGAAUUGGGACCAAUGUUCUACAGUGUCAAAGAGUCUGUUCGCACCCGUACGGAGAAGCGAAAAAAUUUCCAAGCUAUCGAGUUAACAAUGGAACAGGAAAUGGCUUUAGCGCAGCAACAGAUUGAAGAGCGGAAGUCGCGCCAAGAAGAAACACCUGCUAGUGUUCGGAAAAAAAUGAUGAUUGUCACACCGGGGCAGCGAGACCCAGGCACUCCCCGAACGCCAUGGAAGUCGUCAAGAAGUUGUGGUCUUUAAGGGUUGAUAAUUUUUGUUUUUUCCGAAACAUCUGAUCUAAUAACAGAACAGUUAUCAAAGUUGUAAAUAAAUAUAGACGUCUAUUUCUGAAUCGUCUUCAUACUGGUUUGGUAAUGUCAUAAUUUAGCACCGAGAUUGUGAUGAAAGAGAGCAAAAAGUGCUCUGAAAAGCUCCCUGAGCUAGCAAUAUGGACAAAAACUUCAAUGACUAAGAUAUUAAACCGGCUCCAUCCGACGGAGAGGUAAUAAACAGCGCUUCC